AUGGCCUUGGAAGUCAACAAUGAAGCCAUACAAUGCAAAGUCUUCUCCAUAACCUUUUCUAGACCAGCCUUGUUGUGGUUCAAACAACUAAAACCUGGCUCUGUCAGCAGCUUCGGUGAUCUUUGUAGAGCCUUUCUCCAGCAGUAUAAUGCCAAUCGCGAAGCACCAAGAACAAUGGCAGAUCUUUACCGAAUUGAGCAAGGUGAAAAUGAACACCCGAAGUCAUACCUGCAACGUUUCAUCGACCUUGUACAUCAAAUCCAUGACGUAGAGCCUGCAACCGCAGCUAACCUCUUCGUCAAAAGUCUGCAAGUGGGGUCCCUCUUGCACGAGAACCUCACUAUGAUGCCACCAUAUGACAUGGCUGAAAUCCAGACCCAUGCCGAGGGCAUCUUUAGGGUCCUGAAAUUUCAAGAGCGUGCGCAGAGGAAGUCUGCCCUUAUUUCAACACCACCAGCAAAUAACCCUCUCCCUCCAUCUACAAGGGACGACAAAAGAAAAAGGCAAGACUCAGACCACAUGAAAGGGGGAAAGAAGCCAAGAGCAAAUCAAGAUCCACCUCGAUACACCUCUUUCGAGUACACCGUCCCUCAGGAGAUCUUCUACGAAGAAAACAAAGAUAGACCCAUAUGGCGGGAACCAUAA